AUGAGGGCCAAAAUCUCAGUUCUCACCAGCCGGUCGGGCGGCCGUUACAGAAAACCGGCCUAUCGGCAUCUUGAUCGGGACGCCGAGGUAUCCCGCGCGACUACAUUCAGGCCACAGUUUAAAGAUGAGACUCCCGAGAGCCACUUCCCACUACAGACGGUCGUUCGCCUCGACCAGCCUCGCUUCAUCAAUCGAUACGACAGCAGAGAGAUACUGAUUGUCGUGGACGGAAGCUGCUGGAAUAACGGGCACUCGGUCUUCCCAGACUUGCCCGCUGCCGGUGGCUGCUCCUUUGUCUUCAAGGGCGGCCGCGGCGGAGCUAUCGCCACUUACCCAUUUCUACAGGAUGGCAGCGAGCCGGGUGGAACCGUUGGCUUUCCGCUCGAGAUCGAGGGCCCGGACGGAGUCUUUUACGAUCCCACCAGCAAUGCUGCCAAGUUGCGCGCCGUAAUUGCUGCUUUGGAGUUUCGUCCCUGGCAUCUGGAAGGCUGGCGUAAAAUUGUCAUAGCCACUGACCUGGCCUAUGUUGCCAAUGGCGCAACCGAGUGGCUCCCCAGAUGGGUCGCCAGAGGCUGGCGCAAAGGUCGCGGACGGGGUGGACUCGCCAACCGAUCUCUGUGGGAGAAAUUACAUGGGGUGAUCAGCAACCUCAAGAGUCACGGGACUGAGGUUUCUUUUUGGCUCAUCACACGCAAUAACCCAGCUAGCCAUUCUGGCGUCGUUCGGGAGGCCAAGAGUGCAGCCCGGGAAGCUGCCUCGCAAGUGGGAUUCAACUAUGAAUGGACCAGGCUAGCUGGAAUCAAUGUGUAG